UGAGCGGUAUGUAUGUACAUGCACUAUUUUUUGGCUAGGCCCAAGAGACAUACAUACAUUUGGAAAAGCGUGCUAAAAAUAAGCCCUCUGUCGCCGGCAUGCUGAAAUAGCCCAGCUAAAAUGAAAUUUGUCUUUGCCAACGUAACACUGAAGAGCAGUUUGCUAGUGAAAACUCGCGAGCAAAAAUGGGACCGAGCACAAACUGUCCUGUUUGCAAAGUGGCUGCUUCGCAGGCUUGCACAAGGUGCAAGAUGGUGCGGUACUGCAACCGAGACCACCAGAAGCAGCACUGGCCGCAGCAUAAGCGCAGCUGCAGACCAUUCAAGGAAGAGCAGGAUGCCCAACUGGGUAGGUAUCUACUGGUUACCCAGGACAUCGCAGCCGGUCAAACAGUCUUUGUCGAGGAGCCGCUGGUGGUGGGUCCCAAAUGGUACCUCCCCGACUCAGAGAAGGAGGCUUCCAUCGUAACAUGUGUGGCCUGCUUUAUGCCGAGCCGUCUAGGCAAGCACCAAUGUCGCAGAUGCCAAUGGCCAGUCUGCAGCGCUGGCUGUGAGCACGAACCUCUGGAAUGCAGUGUGCUUGGCCUGGGGCCAAGGCUCCCACCUCAUUCGGAUUCCCGUUUUUUGAACGACCACUUUAGGGGAGAUGCACUACUAGUGCUCAAAUGUCUCCUUCUGCAGCGACAAAAUCCGGCAAAGUGGGCUGCCCUGCUAGAGAUGCAGUCCCACGAGAAGGAGCGCAGGGGUACCGAGCUUUACGAGGAGGCAGAUAAUCGUGUAGUCAGCUACCUGCAGCAGCGGUUUUUAAACCGACUAAAGCCAAGAGUGUUGGACGAUUGCGGUCCGGAGUUACUGCAUCGACUGUGCGGCAUCAUCGAAACAAAUUGUAUGGUCAUCGAGCAACCGACUGGUGUGGAGCUUAGCGGGCUGUUUCGUCAGGCCUGCAUGAUGGAGCACGCCUGUCAGCCGAAUUGCGACUUUGUGUUCGACCCCAUAAACAAGCAGAUUGCUGUCCGAGCUGGCUGUGACCUGCAAAAGGGCGAACACCUACGGAUCAGCUAUACUAAUAUUUUGUGGGACACACAACUACGCCAGCAUCAUCUGCGACUAACAAAGCAUUUCAGCUGCCGGUGCAGUCGCUGCCUGGAUCCAACGGAAUACGGCACCUAUAUCAGUGCACUGGUGUGUCUGGGCGAUGUAAACCAAACGUGCACUGGUACCCAACUGCCUGAGGAUCCUCUUGACGAGAAGGCACAGUGGAAGUGCGAUUCCUGCCCAGUGACCGUAGACGCCGCUUACGUGGCUGAACUGCAGACACACAUGACCGAGCAGGUAGAGGGCCUUAUGAGCGGAUGUCCUUCCGCGAAUCAGGUUGAGUUCCUUCUCUCCCGCCUGUCUCAAAUAUUGCACCCAAACCACUUUCUUACGUUCAACCUUAAGCACACAUUGAUCCAGCUUUACGGCAACGAAUCUGGCUUGCAAUUGUGUGAGCUUACCGCCGUGCAGCUGGAGCGAAAACUGAGCCUCUGCCAUCAGUUAUACAGCGUUUGCCAACGUCUGGAUCCUUGCAGCAUUAAACUCGCUAUAUAUGUGACAGUCAUCUUGAUUGAGAUGGCCCAUACUCUGGAGGAGCAGGCUCGAAGGGCACCAUCAGAGGGAAACUCUCUUCUUGAACUGGCGCAGGCACGUCUUAAAGAAGCGCAGGUGGUCAUGGAGAAGGAACGAGAAUCGGUGGCAGGCAAGAAGCUUAACGCCAAGCUUCAAAACGAAAUCUUUCAGUGUGAAAAACAAAUUCUGAGCAAUACAUAUAAGCAAUAGCGAGACUAUCGCAUUUUUUAGAGCAGUUUUAGCACAACAACAUGAUAAUUGAUUACUUAUGGGUCAGUACUUAGUGAUCAAGUUUGUUCUGCUGAACGCUCACGAAAAUAAAACAUUUUCCCGGGAGAACUCCACAAUGCAUUAAAAUGUCAUUUAAAUUGGUCACAGCGUUUGUUUUUGACAAUAACAUUAUAAACAAUUUUUUUUUUUGCUAAAAUGUCGUUUGCAAAAACGAUACUUCGUGAUUUUUAAUUAUAAAUAUAUCAAUUCUUAUCGAUACACGAAAACAGCUAUGUAUCAUUUAUCACAAAAAAGUGGCUAUUUAAAUGUUCAUUUUUUACUGAUCAUGAUGCAUGAAUUGUUACAUCAUGAUUAGAAAUUGUAUGCGUUCAGCAGAACUAUGGAAGAAAUCCAUCAGUGAUCAAAGUGGGUUUUCAAGAAAGUCGCUUUGGCAGACAAUUUUUUUUCGAUUACGCACGAACUCCAAACUAAGAUUAUGUAACCCUUUCUGAGAAUACUUACGUGUAGGUACAUAUGUCACGAGCGUUAUGAAAAUAAAAUAAGUAAUGCGCUUAUACCAGAACUUCUCAGACGUAAGCCUAGUUCUCAGUACUAGAAUUCGGAAGACGCUGACGGUGGAAGUGCUCUGUGGCAAUCAGAGUUUUACUUUUGAAAAUGGGAGGCGCAAAAGCUACAGGUUUGGUUUGAUUAUUUUUUUUUUCUUCACGCACCAGCAGAUUCGUCUUUUAAUUGAUUCAAUUUUUCAAUUCUUAAAGGUAGGACCACGCAUGCAUUGCGUGUGAACUUUAAAAUCUUCGCAUUAUCGACUGUAAAAUUAAUAAUAAUUAAUAAUUAGAGCUGAUAAACAAUCGAUGUUUGAUGAAACAGGGAAGUUUUCAAUUAAAAUAUAAAACCAACAAUAAACAAGUUUAUUUUUUA